AUGGUUAGGGUGUGGAAAUUGGCCGAAGUGGGCGAACACAACAGCCAAGACAGCUGUUGGAUGGUUCUGCAUGGGAAGGUAUAUGAUAUUACAUCAUUCGUCCCAAAACAUCCCGGAGGAAGAAGCAUUCUCUUAAAGAAUGCGGGGCGAGAUGCUUCCAAAGCUUUUGACUCGGUCCAUCCGAUUGAAAUACUGGAAGAAUACCUAACGACAGACCAAGUAUUAGGAACCAUUGACUCAAAAGAUGUCAUCGAGGACACGAAGGCACAAGAGUCUGGUGACCCAUUUUUGGACUCGGAGGCCGCAUCAUCAUCCAAACUACCACCCCUUGAGUCGAUGCUAAGCAUAUCCGAGAUCGAAAAAUACGCCUUACAACAACUCUCACCAAAAGCGAUCUCAUACUAUGUCUCAGCAACAGACGACCAAAUAACCAAAGCAGCCAACGGCGAAAUAUACCGCUCCAUCCUCUUAAGACCACGGGUUUUCGUCGACUGUACGGAAUGUUCGCUCAAAACAUCGAUCAUCGGAAACGCAGUCGGUCUCCCUAUCUUCGUAUCCCCGGCCGCCAUGGCACGCCUAGCUCAUCCAUCCGGCGAAGCUGGCAUAGCGUCCGCAUGUUCUAGCUUCGGCGCUCUCCAAAUCAUUAGCAAGAACGCAUCUCUCUCACCCCUGGAUAUCGUACGCGCCGGCCCCUCCGCCGUCUUCGCAUGGCAGCUCUACGUACUUAAGGACAUAUCCGCGACCGAGAGAACACUGGCACAGAUCCGACAGAUCCCGCAGAUCAAGUUCAUCGUGCUGACGCUCGACGCGCCGUUCCCGGGGAAGCGAGAGGCAGACGAGCGCUUUAAGAUGGGCGAGGUUGCGGGUGGGGCGCCGCCGCAGGCAUGGGGCACGGAGGCGGGGUUAACGUGGAAGAAGACGCUAGAUUGGUUGUGCAGACACACGAGCUUGCCGAUUGUUCUAAAGGGGGUUCAGACGCAUGAGGAUGCGUAUGCGGCAACGAUGUUUCCCGCUGUGAAGGGAAUUAUCCUGUCAAAUCAUGGAGGUAGGGCGUUGGACACUGCGCCUCCGCCUAUCCAGGUCUUGCUAGAGAUUCGAAAGUUUUGCCCCGAGGUGUUGGACAAGCUUGAUGUGUUAGUUGAUGGAGGCAUUAAGCGAGGUACGGAUGUGGUUAAGGCUUUGGCUCUGGGAGCGAAGGGGGUGGGUAUUGGUCGGGCCGCGCUUUAUGGACUCUCGCUCGGAGGAGAAGAAGGGGUCAAGAGGGUGUUGAAGAUUCUGGCUGACGAAACGGCGACGGCAAUGAGAUUACUUGGCGUGAAGAUAGUAUCGGAACUUGGUCCGCGGCAUGUUAAUAAAAACGCCUUGAUGUCGAAGCUUUUCGACGGCCCUUCAGGUUUAGAGGACAUCGAUAGACAACUUAGGCCUAAAUUGUGA